GGACGCUCGCGCUGGGCAUGGGCUGCCUGCUGCUCGUGCACCUGGCGUCCAACCCGUCGGCGGAGGUCGGGGGCGCUGCCGGCGGGCAGGAGGAGGCGGACGCCGGGGGCGGCCUCGGAGGCGCGGGCCGGGGGGGCGGCGCAGGGCCUGGCCGGGGCGCCUCCGUGGCCUGGCCGGCGAAGGGGGGCGGGAAGCACGGCGUCGUGAUGGGUGCUGACGUUGGCGUCUGGGAGGGCCUCGGGCGCGCGGGACACGCGAGUGAUGCGGGCCCUGGCCCGAACGCAUCGGCUUCCAGAUCGGCGGGCGGUGUCGUGCCAGGGUCAGGCGAUGACGGAGGGCCUCGGGGAGCUCCCUGUGCGAGUGCUGCGGACUGCUCGGCUGGGCAGGCUUGCAGGGACGGACAUUCUGGCAAAGUCGUAGGGGCUUUAGAGCAUUGCCCUGUGCAUUCCUCAUGCUUCUGCCGCGCAGCAUUGCAAGCCGAUCGCCAGCAGCAUCGCCAGCCGAUCGUAAGAAUCGCUACGGUAACGUCGACGACGAUUUCAGCCACGACGACCGAAGCUAUGUACAUCGAUGGCCCUCGUGUUGCUGGUGGCGCUUGGUAUGGGCUCUGCUACAGCACUGCUGGCUCGAGAGCUUCGGCCGAAGCGGCGUGCAGUGCCGACGCCAAUUGCACCGUUUUGCACGACAAGGGCUGUACCAACACAGGCGUGCGUUAUUGCUUCAGCGUCAUCAAUGACAUUGUGGCGAACUUUGAAAGUCUGGACAGUGAUGCAUGCACUUACAUCCGAUACCAGAUUACCACAAGCACUGUUUCCACAAGCACUAUUGGCUCAAGCACUUGGGCUAGUGAGACCAGCACUGCCACGACGACAACAGCUAUGUACAUUGAUGGCCCACGUGUUGCUGGUGGCGCGUGGUCAGGGCUCUGCUACAGCAUUACUGGUUCCAGGGCUUCGGCCGAGGCGGCGUGCAAUGCCGACUCAAAUUGUAUUGCUUUGCACGACAAGGGCUGUACCAACACGGGCGUGCGGUACUGCUACAGUACAGUAAGUGAGAUUGUGGCGAACUUCGAAGGGUUGGACAGCGACGCAUGCACCUACAUCAAGUACCAGGUCACCACCAGUACCGUCAGUACCGCAACUACACUAACGGGAACCACUGCGACAACGGUUGUAGGAGCCGUGUCUAUGACUGCCACAAGUAUUACCACGACCAGUACGACUAUAUCCACUGAAGCGUUAUACAUCGAUGGUCCACGUGUUGCUAGUGGCGCGUGGUCAGGGCUCUGCUACAGCAUUACUGGUUCCAGGGCUUCGGCCGAGGCGGCGUGCAAUGCCGACUCAAAUUGUAUUGCUUUGCACGACAAGGGCUGUACCAACACGGGCGUGCGGUACUGCUACAGUACGGUAAGUGAGAUUGUGGCGAACUUCGAAGGGUUGGACAGCGACGCAUGCACCUACAUCAAGUACCAGGUCACCACCAGUACCGUCAGCACCGCAACUACACUAACGGGAACCACUGCGACAACGGUUGUAGGAGCCGUGUCUAUGACUGCCACAAGUAUUACCACGACCAGUACGACUAUAUCCACUGAAGCGUUAUACAUCGAUGGUCCACGUGUCGCUGGUAGCGCUUGGUCAGGGCUCUGCUACAGUGUUGCUGGUUCGAGGGCUUCGGCUGAGGUGGCGUGCAAUGCCGACUCAAAUUGUGUUGCUUUGCACGACAAGGAUUGUACCAACACAGGCGUGCGUUAUUGCUACAGUGCAGUAAGUGAGAUCGUGGCGAACUUCGAAGGCUUGGACAGCGACGCAUGCACCUACGUCAAGUACCAGGUCACCACCAGCACCGUCAGCACCACAACUACAACAGCGGGAAGCACUUCGGCUACCACAACGACUGCAGGCGCAGGUCCUGCGACUGCCACAACAGACUUCGCGACUGCCACGACAGGCUCUGUGACUGCCACAACAGGCUCUGUGACUGCAGGUAGUACCACAGCAACGAGCAAUUCCGAAUCAUCGACGACGGCAGCGACGACAAUCGGAAUUACCGCAACGACUAUCACAUCAACUGGUGCUUUGUACAUCGAUGGGCCGCGCGUUGCUGGUGCCGCUUGGUCAGGCCCCUGCUACAGUACUACAGGUUCGAGGGCUUCGGCCGAAGCGGCGUGCAAUGCCGACUUAAAUUGUGUUGCUUUGCACGACAAGAACAACUGCCACAACGAUUGUAGGGGCCGUGUCUAUGACUGCUACAAGUAUCACCACGACCAGUACGACUAUAUCCACUGAAGCGUUAUACAUCGAUGGACCACGUGUUGCUGGUGCCGCUUGGUCGGGGCUCUGCUAUAGUGCUACUGGUUCGAGGGCUUCGGCCGAAGUGGCGUGCAAUGCCGACUCAAAUUGUGUUGCUUUGCACGACAAGCAUUGUACCAACACAGGCGUGCGUUAUUGCUACAGCGCAGUAAGUGAGAUUGUGGCGAACUUCGAAGGGUUGGACAGCGACGCAUGCACCUACGUCAAGUACCAGGUCACCACCAGCACCGUCAGCACCACAACUACACUAACGAGAACAACUGCCACAACGAUUGUAGGGGCCGUGUCUAUGACUACUACAAGUAUUACCACGACCAUUACGACUAUAUCUACUGAAGCGUUAUACAUCGAUGGUCCACGUGUCGCUGGUGGCGCUUGGUCAGGGCUCUGCUACAGUGUUGCUGGUUCCAGGGCUUCGGCCGAGGCUGCGUGCAAUGCCGACUCAAAUUGUGUUGCUUUGCACGACAAGGAUUGUACCAACACAGGCGUGCGUUAUUGCUACAGUGCAGUAAGUGAGAUUGUGGCGAACUUCGAAGGCCUGGACAGCGACGCAUGCACCUACGUCAAGUACCAGGUCACCACCAGCACCGUCAGCACCACAACUACACUAACGAGAACCACUGCCACAACGAUUGUAGGGGCCGUGUCUAUGACUGCUACAAGUAUUACCACGACCAUUACGACUAUAUCUACUGAAGCGUUGUACAUCGAUGGACCACGUGUUGCUGGUGCCGCUUGGUCGGGGCUCUGCUAUAGUGUUACUGGUUCGAGGGCUUCGGCCGAAGCGGCGUGCAGUGCCGACUCAAAUUGUGUUGCUUUGCACGACAAGCAUUGUACCAACACAGGCGUGCGUUAUUGCUACAGCGCAGUAAGUGAGAUUGUGGCGAACUUCGAAGGCCUGGACAGCGACGCAUGCACCUACGUCAAGUACCAGGUCACCACCAGCACCGUCAGCACCACAACUACACUAACGAGAACAACUGCCACAACGAUUGUAGGGGCCGUGUCUAUGACUGCUACAAGUAUUACCACGACGAGGACGACUGUAUCCACUGAAGUGUUGUACAUCGAUGGGCCACGUGUUGCUGGUGCCGCUUGGUCAGGGCUCUGCUACAGUGUUGCUGGUUCGAGAGUUUCGGCCGAAGCGGCGUGCAGUGCCGACGCCAAUUGUUCCGUGUUGCACGACAAGGAUUGUACCAACACAGGUGUGCGUUAUUGCUUCAGCGCAGUGAGUGAGGUUGUGGCGAACUUUGAAGGCCUGGACAGCGACGCAUGCACCUACGUCAAGUACCAGGUCACCAGCAGCACCGUCAGCACCACAACUACACUAACGAGAACAACUGCCAC